AUGAAAGUAUACUCUUUAUACAUACUAAACAAGGCCGGUGGUUUGAUCUACCAGAAUGAUGUCAAUCCAGAGUUGAACAAGCUAACAGCAAAUGAUUAUCUUGUUCUUGCCGGAACACUACACGGAGUUCACGCUAUAGCGUCGAAUUUGACCCCAAACAUACCACCAAACGGAAAUGCCGGAAAUACACUGGAUAAUGUGCCAACGGCAAGUGGAACGGGGGGACCUGCCCAGAACAACAGUACGUUGAUCGCAACUGGUCGGUCCCAAAAUCCCAACUCCAACAGAACUGGACUCCAGAGCAUUGAAACUGAUUGCUUUAACUUAUACAUAUUCCAGUCGCUUACAGGAAUCAAAUUUAUCAUAAUAACCUCACCAAAUACCAUCGUGCACAAUGUACAGACUUCCGCUGUGCUGCUUGACAUUGAAGAUCAAAUUAAGAACUACAAUAGAGGAGAGUUGGUUAAACAAUGCCAAUUGGCUAACGAGUUGUUCAAACUCAUAUACGUUGCUUACAGUGACUAUGUGAUGAAAAACCCAUUCUAUUCAUUAGAUAUGCCAAUAAAGUGCUCCUUGUUUGAUUUGAAAGUGCUAGAGCUAGUUAAGUAG